AUGAUCUUUAGGUCUCCAGAUCCAAAAAGCGCUUCAAGUUUUAUGGGUUCUGCAAGCAACAUUCCUUUUAUGCCCGGUGGUUUUGAUGCGGAAAUCGAAAACGUGCUCCGUUUGAGUGAUGUUGGUAUUACGACAGAUGAAAACUUAGAGGAAGAAUCUAUAAUUCUUUAUCGGAAUUUUUUUCACCACAUGAGACCAAAUCUUGAUUUUGCAUCUGGACUCCGGAAUCUUCAAAACCAACUGAAAUACAGAAACAAGAAUUUGUGA